AUGCGCCUCCAUACGUUCACGCUCGUCGUGUUCACUGCGGUUCUAGCACACAGCGCGAACUCUGCGAAGACGUCCAACUCGACGACGACGGGAGGUGCUCCCUCGGCUAGUCCUCGUUCCUCUGACGCGUGCUGCGAUGACGUCCCUGUUGAGCAGGGGCUGGGUCCACACGAGACCACGGCGGGUGAAGAGAGGAUGCCAGAGCUGCAUAUCUUAUCAAAAAUCAACGAAGAAGUUGCUCGUCUCGUGAAAUUGGUGUAUGCGUAUGAACGUGAGACCAUGCCCGCGGUCGAAUACCUUCCUGUGUACGGGCAGCCGGUAUUUGAUGAGAAUGCUAUCAAGCACCAUUUUCGUGUAAACGAGGCACACAAGACACCCAAAGAGUUGCUGGCAACAGUGCAAUUAAGGGUUGUCGAGCUUGAAUUGAUGCCCGAAGAUGGACUGGACAUGAUUAAAAAGGCUCGCGAAUUUUCUACUCCAUACCUGAGAGCAGAGGCGGAAGAUCAAUUUGAGUUGGACCCCAGUGUGCUGUUCGGCAUCAGGCUCCAGAAGGCCAUGGCCGACGCAGCUGAGCAGGUAGACACUCGCUUAAAACACCCAAUUAUAAACCUGGACCUUGGCAACUUGGACAGAUACAGGAAGAAGUACUACAUGCGCCGAGGUAGCAAAGAACUUACGUUGCGAGAAGUGUUAUCAAGAUGCUUUGGUGGCGAUACCGAACUUGGAUCGAUCCUGUCGAUCCUGAAUCGCAACAGUAAUAACAAACCAUAUGUGGCGCUCGUGCGAAAGGAGAUGAUGGCGGGCGUAAAGACGGUUGAAGACGCUGCUGUCAAGCUGGGGAUGAGAUCACAAACGACGGAAGUCUUGGACAACAAAAACGUGGAUAUAUUUUCCCUGUUCAUCGGUACCCUCGCUCGAAAACAUCCAGAGCAACAUUCAGUCAUCGUCGAGCAGCUCACGGAGAUAUUUGGGGGUCGCCAGGCUGCAUUACUGGUUCAUAAAUCAGUGAAGGCGUGCGCAAAAGAAUUCGAUGAUCUACAAGCAGCGCUGUAUAAGCAUUUGGUGAAGACCUUUACUUAUGAUGAGCUGCGCGACGAGAUCAUGAAGUCAAGGGAAGAAAGAACUGAAAGACCUGGAAGUGUUGGAAGUAAUACUGAUAAAUUCGAGACACGGUGCGAGGAUUUGGUUCUCGAAAAUUAUCUUGCGCCUCCUGAACCCCGUGCGAACCGAAAGAGAAAACGGGCAAGUGACACGAGCGCCGGUCCUUCGUGA